GGCCAAUGUUUCAUAUUACACUCCUCAGCCUGGGGGAGGAAAAAAAAAAGAGAGAGAGAAGAAGACGAAGAGGAGGAGGAGGGAGGAGGACGAAACCUGGGGCUUCAUAUCUUUAGAGGCAUUUAACUGAAAGUUUAUGGAGGCUGCAGUCGGGGGAAAAUGAAGAUCUCCUCUGUGGUCUUUGCUCUCCUGGCCCGAGCGCUGCUUGAAGAUUUGUGUUUGGCCAUCAAUGUCACCAUCACUCCUUCCCCCUUCACUGUGGCCCAGGAGGGUCAGAACAUCACACUCACGUGCGUCGUGUCCCAGCGACGCCGAAACACGGCUUUACCAGUGGUUAAAUGGACCUUUCUACCAGCGGGCACGGACCGGCCGGAGGACGAGCUCCUCAUUGCCCGCGUCAACAUGAGGAAGGCCCGUUUCUAUGGCAACUACACGAAGAGCUUCUCGUGGCCCAAGCUGAAGCUGACGGUGGUGAAGCAGGGGAAGAUCUUCGACCUGCUCAUCUUGAACGUGUCAGAGGGAGACCGGGGGCUCUACAUGUGCCGGGUGCAGGAGUUUAAAAAGCACCAGGACCGCUGGAAGGCCUCGUCCAACUCUACGGCCGCUACGGAGCUCAGAGUGCAUGUUCUACCUCCCACCGAGGCCAAAGAAAGCCUGUGGAGCUUGUUUGAAGAUGUGUACCUGUGCGCAGUGCUGAUCUGCUCCGUGGGUCUGCUGUGCAUGUGCAUGUUCACCGUGACGGUAACCUGCCAGUACAUACAGAGGAAGCAGAGACUAAAAGAUAAUUACCUCUUGGUCAAAAGCCCUCAAAACAGUUCAGGAGAGACGGUUACCAGCGUGGUCAGUGUGUCUCCUGCUCUACCUAAGAAGGAGAGGAGGUACAGGAAGAAAAGGAGCAGAGACUACCAAGAGGAGAUACCACCAGAGAUACCAGCAAAAGCUCCCAUUGGGGACAAAACACGUAAACCCAAACUUUUAAAGCCGCAACCAAGGAAGGUAAUCUUGCCCAGAACUCCUGGAAGAUGGCGCCCUCUCACUCUCACAACCAAACCCAGCGAUUUACCCAAACGAUCUACAGCAGCACCUUCCAGCCCUCCAAAGAUAGUGGAGGAGAAUCUGACCUACGCAGAGCUGGAUCUGGUGAGGCCGAUCCCAGAGACGAAGGCGUCGCGCAGCGGCACGGUGUACGCUCAGAUACUGUUUGAGGAGCAGCAGAUAUGAGGAAAAACGCACACGCCACUAGUAACUGUGCCUUACGUUAAGAAUAAAAAAAAAAGUAUUGUCUAUUUAUAGUCUGUAUUGUUUUGUAUUCAAAUAUUUUGUGAAAAAAAACUGUUAAAUCUCAAAAUUAUGACAAAGUUGUACAUAUGAUUUUAUAUGAACUUUGAUAUAACUUCCUUUUAUACGACCAAUAUGCAGAACGACUAGUUUUUCCUUAUUUUUUACUAUUAUUUCUUUUGCACCCGCGUUUGAUUUUUGUGUAGCAGCAGAAGACUUUUGUGCUGAUUCAGACCUGAUUUGUCCAAUGUGAGAAUCAGAUGGAAAAUUAGAGGUUUGGACUUGCAGGCUUGGUCUGAGCCUCCCCAUUCAUAUCAAACAUACUUCCUGUGGUCUUUGCAACCUGAUGUCAGCAGGGAAAAUUCCUGUGGUGUGCGGUUAUCGAGGCCGGUGAUGGUCAAGUUUGCUUUUGGCGUGGUGUCAUGCUCACAUAACAAAACGAAGCCGCCAUUUGCGAUUUUACAGAAAUAUUUUUGGGAAAUAUCUCUUCCGGCCUCCUUGCUAAGAGUUAGAUAAGAUUGAUUCUGCUCCAUCAGAUUUAUAGAGGAGUCAUACAAAAUAAGAAAUGUUGAGGGUAACAAGGACAACCUUUUACUCUAUAGUACCCUUUACUUACCUGAUGGACAGUUGACCAUUCAGGUAUUGGCUUUAGCAAACACCAUCAACAACCAUGUGAAGGGCGGCAAUAUUAUCCAUGGCGAUAUUUCAUUAGUUGUUGUUCCACAGCCGUAAUUCUCAUCCAUGGACACAAUAAGAUUUUCCGUGUCUGGCAUGACCAGGACUCACUGUUUGCACAAAAAGUUUUCCUGCUCUGUUGGCAGCAGAGCAACGAGCACAGGAAUCUCAUCAGUCUUUCUGCCUGUACCUCCAUCCCCGAUGCCGUUUCUUCCAUUUGAUUUAGCCCCUCAUCAGCGCACUUUGGUUAGAUUAAACAAAGCAGACUGUGAAACGAAUUGUGCUCUUGAUGUCCACAAGCGUGGAAGAGUACGCCAGUGAUUAGAUUCCACUCAGCUACUUUCUCAGACUGAAAACAAAUAUUUCAAAUGAUUCACGUCAACAUCAUGUUAUAUUGGAAAGCUCUAUUUAGCUUACAAAUGAUGCCCCGAUGUAGGCUACAUUUUUUCCUGGGACUCAUGGUUUCCCUAGAUUUCUACAACAGAGAGUGCAAAUUUUGAAUGAUCAAUGGACUAACAGUAGUCAUACACCCAAUUUAAAUAAACUAGAAUUAUCCUUUAAGUAAGGAACUAGUGCCCCAUUAGCUUAGCAUGAAGGGGAGAAUCAGGCCAAAACAGCUAGCUUGCCUCGAGUUAGCUAGCGGGCUUACCCGACUCUGGGAAAUAGCACGUGAUAACUGUUGCCAACAAAUGUUUGCUACAAAAAAGUAACUUUUACAAUACGCUAUUUAAUGACUGUGCUUUAAUAUUUUGAUGAGUUUUAAAUUUUACAAUUAGCAGAUUAGCAGUUUGCCCCUCCGUCUGCUCUUUGGGACUUUCCCAAGCCAAGCUAGCUCCCUACUUAGCGUAUCAGCACGAGGGAGGUGUCAGGGUUUUUUCUUUAUCUAAGCUAUUUCCCAAACUGGGUGCCACAGUUUUGUGGUGGUUAUCGCUUGUGGUUAACGGUUCAGAGUUUGUAUGUUCUCUGGGUGUUAUGGCUUCCUCAUCACAUUCCCAUGACGUGUUUGUAAGAUGUCCAGAGUCCUUGUCCCGCCGUCCACAGAACCUAUAAGGAAGCCGGUGGAUAUUUCCCAAAUUGUUGACCUAUAACUUCAAAUUCAUAUACAAACUUUUCCAUUAUGGCAUUUUGAUCAUCUGGCACAUUUUUUGUCACUUGUGUCAUACAAAGUACUUCCUGUGAUAGCCCUCUGUCUAUGGUAUUUUAUUAGCUGUCUGUUAAACUUACUUCCACAGUGAAUGUUAGAGAACUCAAUAUGACAUUAACAGAGUUAUGAAGGAGGGACCCAGUAAAUGACAUACAUCCUUUGUUUUGAAUGUGAACCAUUAUCAAAUGUGAUUUACUUGUAGUGUGUUCCCAGCAUUAUUUGCUCCACAGCAUCUGUGUUCGGGCUGAUUUUGUGUCAGGCUGAAGUUUAUAAUGACCUCAGUUCCACAGAGUUGAUACUAAACCCGGCAAUUAGCCCCCAGACCUCCCCCCGCAAGCAAGUAUGCAAGGCCAUACGAGCCCUUUCAUCUGGUGCCAGCAUCAACUUAACAGCCUGUUAGCGACACAUACACACUUCCAUAUACAUAUACAAGGGGAACACAAGGGUGGAGUUACACGAAGGCAGAUGCAGGCUCGCACACAAAGGCACAUACUGUCAAUCCAGAAAAAGCUGCAAACAAUUGUGACACCUGAUCUAUGGACAGGAACUGAAUGAGAGCUGUGUUUGGGCUGUUUCACAUUAAUGUCAGACACAGUUUACUUUGAAUCUCGAGCUGAUUUUUGCCGAUGGAGAUAAGAACUUGAGAGGCCACACUGGCUGUAAUCCCACACAUAUUCUCUACGGUCUCCUUGCUUUCUCACUUUCCAUGAACCUGAGUGUGAAAGUGUUUUGGAAUCUUUUUUCCAUUUAAUGAUCCUCUGGACCCGGGUACGGAAAAGCAAAGGAGAGUGCUUUUUCUUUUUUCUUUUUUUUAACAGUGAACUUGAAACCCAGACACAAAUGCACCAUAUCCCUUCCCCCAAAGACGUCUACUAUCUUACGUGGAGCUAAGCAUACAGAUGGAGGACUAGUCCCCCCUUUUUUUGCUGCUCGCUUGCUGAAGCACCUCUGAACUUUAUCUCAAAGUGGCGUUCUGCCACGUAUCCAGUCAUCAAACGUCAGCUAAACCAGCUAUUAAUGUGUUAACCAGUAGUUUCAGAUAGUAAUUAAAGCCAUUUGAUAACAGUGAUUGGGUUCAUCUGUGAGACAUUUAAAGAAACUUGUAUGUGGUAUUUGCUUUUGAGUUGUGUGACCACUUUGUGAAAAAAAUAUGUAAAAAGUAUAAUUAGCUGAUAUAUAUGCUAGCACUUUGAAGUUACAAAGAGGCGUGUCUGAUAAUAUCAAGGAAGUCAAGCUGUAUGAUUGUACACACAAUCAGCUACAACAUGGCUACAAAUACUCCAACCAGUCUAUGCAAAUAUACAUCAGAUUUCCUUCGUUUUGUAUAUUGUAUAUUAUAUGACAAUGUAAACCACUGUUGACCUCUGCAUUCGUUAGCAGAUCCAAUUUUCCACUGUUGUUCUUAAUGUUUGUUUCUGUUGCACAGUUGUCUAUUAUCCCUUUAUGAAAUGAACUGACUGAAAGUGACCUUUAAGUGGUGGGUAGAAGUGUCUUAAAAAAUGCCCUUAGACUGUGAAAUGUAAAGUUUCUUCCAAACCACAUUGUGCUUAAUGGGAGUUGGCUAACUCGAACCAUGUGUGCGAAUCGUGUCUCUCUCCCUCUCCUCUCCCUCUCUCUGCCCACCACUGACCUCUGCCUUCAUCAACAUUCCAGUAUUUCUGCUCGUGUUGAUUUUGUACAUUUCAGCUGCACUGUGUGUAUCAAUAAGAUGAAUAAAUAUGAUGGAAGGUGUGUGUGU